AUGAACUGUUAUGCUAGAAUAGCUCCAAAAUCUUUUAUUUUGUUAAACAAUGUCAUGAUCAAUGCAGGAGUUAUUGACUUUGACUACCGUGGAAAUAUUGGAAUUGUUAUGUAUAAUUAUAGAUCAGAAAUUAUCAUUUUCGAAAAAGGAUUGGCCAUUGCCCAAAUAAUUUUCGAACUAAUAAUGCAUCCUAGUUUUAUUGAAAAAACUGAUUCAUUAAACGCUAUCGACAGAAACAAGAAAGGAUUCGGGGAAUAUAGCAAAAUUGCUUUUUCCCAAAAUAAAGAUUUCGAGGAUUCUGAAAAAGAAAAUGAUGAGAAAAGCGACAUUUCUGAAAAAGCAAAUGAUAAUGAUGAAAUUACUUUAUCUCAUGAAAAAGAAGAAGAUGAUGAUUUUAACUGUGACAAAGAUACUCAUGAAAAAAAGAAGAUGAUGAUUUUAACUGCAUUGAUCUAUCUCAAAAGAUAG